GAGUGUGGUUGGGAAGGGAGAGAGGAAGGAGGCCCCCAAAACAAAAACAGAACGAAAUUCAAAUUGGCGCUCAAGUUUUCAAGUCUCAACGUAUCUUCCCUCCCUAAUUUAUUUCGAAAUCUAAUUUCCCUUAAAAUCUCAAUAAUCAUCAAACACCAUCAUCGUCUCCGCCAAACAAUGUCAGAUCUGCCGCCGGAAAACCCCAAAACGACGCUCUCUUCACCGUCAUCCAUGCCGGAAUCUUCUUCCUCUCUGCACCAUUCCUACAGCCGGAAGCAGAAAUCUCUGGGCCUUCUCUGCACCAAUUUCUUAGCUCUGUACAAUCGUCAUGGAAUCGAAACCAUUGGGCUCGAUGACGCCGCCUCAAAAUUAGGUGUCGAGAGGCGGAGGAUCUAUGAUAUUGUCAAUGUUCUGGAGAGCGUUGGGGUUUUAAUAAAAAGAGCGAAGAAUCAGUAUACGUGGAGAGGAUUUUCUGCGAUUCCAGCAGCAUUGAAGGAGCUGCAGGAAGAAGGAGGUGCUAAGGACACUUUUCACCGUUUUUAUACCAACGAGAAUGUCAAAGUAUCUGAUGAUGAGGAUGAUGAGGAAGAGUCUUGUUCUCAGCCUCAUUCUAGUAGCCAGACUGAUACCUCCAAACCUGGCUCUCUUCCCCAAUCUUCUGAUUCCUCAAAGAUAGAUAACCGACGAGAGAAAUCUUUAGGACUACUUACUCAGAACUUUAUCAAGCUCUUUGUUUGCUCUCAAGCUAGGAUCAUCUCCCUUGACGAGGCGGCAAAAUCACUGCUUGGAGAUGCCCACAGUACAUCAAUAAUGAGAACAAAAGUGAGGCGGCUUUAUGAUAUUGCGAAUGUCUUGUCAUCAAUGAAUCUUAUUGAGAAGACUCACACCUUGGAUUCUAGAAAACCAGCUUUCAAAUGGUUAGGAUACAACGGUGAGCCUACUUCCACACUGAGCUGCGAUUUGAUGCACGACGAAUCAAAGAAGAGAGUUUUUGGAACUGAUAUCACAAACGUCACUGUCAAGAGAAGCAGAACCCAUGAAAAUGCUACCGAGGGGAGGAUGAAGAUGAAACAACACGCAAUAGCAGAUAGUUCUUAUAAUCAAAGCUCUGAUGAUGCCCAUGAAUCAAGAGGUUACGAGUUUGGUCCUUUUGCACCAGCCACUGGUGGUACAUAUCCAACCGCUCAUUUGGAGGACAACUCCAAGAGAGCUUUUGAUGUUGAGAAUCUGGUUUCGGAUUACCGUCCUUCUUACCAAAACCGAGAUGAAUAAAAUUUCAGUUUUGAAAGACCUCUUUGCGCAUUACAUGGACGCUUGGAAGUCAUGGUACAGCGAAGUCACACAGAAGAAUCCAUUACCAGAUACAUCACAACCCCGUUAGAGAUAUUCUUAAUCUUCUCUUACCAUCGUUUUGACCAAUGUGGGUUUAGUUUCUCCACACAAUUUUAACUGCAGGAAUCCGACAUUUUAAGAUGCAGAUUGCACGAUCUCUGUGCUUUUGUAGUCACUGUAGGCUGUGUAGAAACCAUCUUUUACUUGCUUCCGAUGCCAGUUGUAUGUAACAACUUAUAUAAUCCCAUUUUUAAUUUUUGAGGAAUCAUCUCAAAGUGAAAACUUAGGUUUCCAUAAGGAUCUCUUUGUUUUAUAUUAUUGGUGAUCACUCGUUA